CAGAAGACAGUUUAAAACUCCGAGCCGGAGACGCUGUUUGUCCAAACUUUGUCAAACUGUCGCCUCAAGUUCGUCCUCAGCUCAGUGUUUUUUUUUAUUCACCACUGGAAAAAAACAAAGGUUUGAAGAGGAGAAGAAGAAGAAGAAGGAGAGUGGGUGAUAUCCGCCUCCAGCAGCAGCGGAGCGACUACAAACUUUCUCCCCAAGUUGACUUCACAGUUCUCGGGAGACUCUUCACUGGCUCGAGCUGGAAGCUGACUUCCUGUACGCCACUUCAUAGAGAGGGAAGUCCUUGUGGAUGAAAGCAGGAGAAAGGCCUGUUCAUCAACUGUCCUCACGCUGGAAGCUGCAGGAUAAUAUCAAUAUGGCCUUAAGAUCCCCCAUACCUGUGUUACUUCUUGCAAUAUGUUGCCUAGCAUCUGCAGGUCCGUUGUUCCGCAGCCCAUGUGAGCUGCUGCCGGUGGGGAUGGCCCACCCGGUGCAGGCCAUGUCGAAGAGCUUCACUGUCCUGUCAGGCUGUGCAAGCAGGGGCACUACCAGCCUCCCUCAGGAGGUCCACAUCAUCAACCUGAGAGGACACGCUCCAGAGGGACCAGACAACACCCCGGCAGAAGUUGAGUUGCAUCUGAAGCCCAUCCAGUCUCUGCUGCGCCACCAGAAGCCCCUGGUCUUCGUGCUCAGCUCCCCCCAGCCACUGAUCUGGAAGAUCAAGACAGAGAACCUGGCCCUGGGCAUCGAACGUACCUUUCAUGUAUCGGAAGGCUCAGAGGUCCACUUUCAGCCAGGAAACUUCUCGCUCACCUGCCAGAUCCAAAAGGAGACACUUCCCCAUGGCAAUGAGCACCUCCUCAGCUGGGCCCAGAAGAAGUACAGGGCAGUCACCUCUUUCUCUGAGCUCAGGAUGACUCAAGAUAUCUACAUCAAAGUUGGAGAAGACCCAGUGUUUUCUGACACCUGCAAGAUUGAUACCAAGUUCCUGUCUCUGAACUACCUGGGCGGCUACGUCGAGCCACAGCCUUCAAAGGGCUGUGUGCUGUCUGGCCUCGACAAAGACCAAGAGGUCCACAUCAUCGAGCUGCAAGCCCCCAACUCCAGCAGUGCUUUCCAGGUUGAUGUCAUUGUGGAUCUAAGGCCUUUGGAGGAAGAUGCCCCCCUGCAUCGCAACGUAGUCUUGUUGCUCAAGUGCGCUAAGUCUGUCAACUGGGUCAUCAAAAGCCACCGUGUGACGGGCAACCUGGAGAUUGUGGCCUCUGACACCGUGAGUGUGAGCUCCACCACAGAGAGAGAAAUGCAAGUGUCAAAAUCCCCCAAGCAGCAAUUGCCAACAGGAUCACAAGCCUUGAUCAAGUGGGCAGAGGACCGUGGUGGUCCAGUCACGUCUUACACCAGCACUCCUGUAGCUAACCACUUCAGUAUCAGACUAAGAGAGCCAGAUGUGGUGGAUCCUCUGGAGAGCAUGUUUCCCCCAGAGCUCCCCUUCCGCGACUCCAGUCCUUAUCCAGGAGCAGGAGUUGCUUCGCGACGAUCAGGUCUGCCCUACCUGCAGCUUCCCUCCAUCCUCGACGACCGGCCCUGGGAGAACAGCGAGCCAGAGGAGCAUCAGGGCGUCCUGAGUGUUGGCCAUAUUGUGCAGUGCGAGGACACAAGGAUGGUGGUCAGCAUCGACAAAGAGAGUCUGCAAGCGAACGGAUUUCUUCAUGCCAACCUCACGCUGCUAGACCCAAAUUGCAAAGCUACAGUCAAUGCCACCCACUACACGCUGGAGACUCCUCUAACAGGCUGUGAGACCACCGUAUUUCCCAUUCAAGGAAGCCCUACGGCCCUCCACUUCAACUCUGUCUUGAUAAGUCAUGCUGAGAACAAGGAUGGGAGUGGUCGACCGCUGGAUUUUGGGGAUCUGGAAUCCGGAGAUGUGCUGUUCCCGAGGGACCAGGUUGAGUUAGAGAGGACGAUUAGUGAGCCCCCACAGCAACAGUCUGUCAUCGAGUUCAACUGCACAUACAGAAAGAACCAGGGAACAUCUGAAACACUUCCCAGGAUUGUACCGGGACCGUCCAGGCAGCCGGUCAACAACAUGACAUUCACUAUGGAGGUGUACAACACGCUGUCGGCUAACACCCCCUCGCGCCAGGCCUUCUUCCCGGUUUCUCCAAAUCAACAAGUCUUUGUGGAGAUCACAUCGACCGCAUCGGACUUGGAUCUGGGGUUCACCAUCAUAUCAUGCUCCAUUUCUCCCAACUCCAACCCCAGCGUGGACUCAGAAUACUCCCUCAUUGAGACCGUCUGUCCUACAGACGAGUCCGUCCAUAUCUACCCUAAGACGGACUUCCCUAUCCCUCACGCUCGUUUGGAAAAGAAAAGUUUCAGCUUCACCUUCAGCUCAAAGUUGAACUUGUCCAAGCUUUUCCUGCACUGUGAGAUGUCUCUGUGUGCCAAGAGAUCCCAGAGCAGUCACAGUCUGCCGCGGUGCCUGCAAACCGGUGAGACCUGUGACUCUUUUAAUAUGGACAGUAUCCUCAAGAUGAUGAUGAACAGAAAGACGACUACCCAGCAGCUGCUUGUGCUGGAUGGGUCUGGUCUGCCAGUCUUAACAGCAGUUGAUCCUCCAGACGAAGUACCCCAAAACACCAUGUAUGUGCUGGACACUCCAACAGUUGUGGGAAUCGCCUUUGCAGCCUUUGUGAUCGGGGCUUUGUUGACCGGAGCCCUGUGGUUCAUCUACUCCCACACAGGUGAGACAGCUGGCACACAGCAGGUCGAGAAGUCCCAACCCGCCUCCGAGAACAGCAGCGCGGCUCACAGUAUCGGCAGCACACAGAGCACGCCCUGCUCCAGCAGCAGCACAGCAUAGCCCAGGACACUUCACCAGCGGGGCUCGGCCCUGCUGUGGCUCCUGGAAGGGCCCCGGAGGUUCACAGGGACCGGUUUGAUGAUUUCCUUCCGUGGAAGGAGUUUUUUUUGGAGGAAGUGGUAGGAAGGAAAAAAAUACAUAUAUAAAAAGACAAUUUUAAAAGAAGAAAACACACAACAGCACCUGUAGUUGUUGUGUUAGUCCCCUUGUGCCACCUCAAGUGUGUGCAGUCAAAUGGACUGUCCUGGUGUGUAACAGUUCUGAGACUCAGCGGCAUCACCUCAUUUCUAGCAGGAUUUUUUUUUUUUUACAAGAAUCAAAUGUGCGUGUCAGCCAGACAUUUCUUUCUAAUCCAAAUGCUGCUUUUUUCUGAGCACAACAGAGCCUUUUGCUUUGACCUUAAAUGGUUUGAUGUGGGCUGUUUGUACCAAGCAGGUGCUCUGCAACAGCAAUGAUGUCAGUAUUAGUGAGUGAGAUGUCGAUGGCUGCACUGCAACAUGUUACUCUAGGACAUGCAGCACUCAACAUGGGAGAGCAGCAAAGCAACCACUAUUAACAUGUGGACAACAGUGCAGUAUUAACAUGAGUCGUCAUCUUGAGCCAAAGAGAGAUACUGGCUUUUAAGAGACACAGGGCAGAGGAGGUAUUGAAUGUAUACACAAGAGUAAAAAGCCAAAAAAAUGUGAAAGAAAAAUGUGAAAGUCUUGCUGUUGAAUCCCACAUUUCAUAAUGAACUAAUUACACUCAUCCCACCCCUCACAAUGGAUUUAUACACACAGGUUUUAUUUCUGUAAAGUAGUUAUAGUUGUGCAUUUCAUUGGGUUGGGGUCUGAGUCUUAAUUUCAUACACAAGUUGUUACACAACUUCACAGGGGCAUUAUGGGCUCCUUAUUGAUACAGUCGUUUUAAUGGAAAUGUCAACAUUUUGGGAAAUAUUUUGUAAAAGUAAGAUGACAAGAUGAAUGCCUCUUUUGUGUCUGUGCGUUAGAUGGGGAACACAGUGCAGGAGAUGAUUAGCCUAAUUUAGCAUGAAGAUUAUGCUAUGAUUAGCAUAAUCAUAGCAUAAUGCUAUGAUUACCAUAAUCUUCAAGAUUAACAAACCAAUGAGUUCAGAGAUCAGUUCAAUGUUUUUAAGAACGAUUCACAAAACAAAACUCCCCCUAAGACUAAAUAAAAUUUUUUUAUUUCUACCUGUGCAGGGAAAGGCGUUUAUUAAUUAGCUUUAGAUCCUUAGCUUCCCUGUGCGUCUUUUAUGCUAAAGUGGCACAUUACUUCACAUGCUCUAUCUCGUGUGUUGAAUCUGCAAACAAAAAGAAAAGUAAAUGCAGUGGUGUGGUGUUUUUAGGGGGAGGUUCAUACAUUGACUUCUCUUGCUAAAUGCUAAGCUUGACUAAUCAACUCCCGGCGUCGGCCCCAUGCCAAACUCAGAUGUGAGAGUUGCUUUGAUCUUGAAAGCAAAUAAUCAUAUUUCCCAAAACUAUUCAUUUCAUAUGUGUAUAUAUUUGUUUGUAUAUAUUGUAAAUACCCAUGUAGCAGAGUGUGAAAAGAUGUUUUUGUAUUUGUGGACUGGACAGUGUAAGGUCCAAGUUUUCACUGUGUCAUAUUAUAAAAGUGACUAAAUACCAGUGUUGAAUAACAAAAAUAAGGGCGGGGGAUUUUUUCGGACAUAUUUUUUAAUCAUGGCUUCGCUUAGCUGAUGCAGUUUGGAUCCCACUGACUGUGCAUAUACACCAGAGCUGGCACUCAAUACUAUUUUCAUAUUGAUCAAUCGAUUAUUUGUUUGGUUAUAAAAAGCUAUCAAAUUUAGAAGGUAAAAAAAAAGAAUAUUUGGCAUUUCCCUUGAUAACAAAGUGUAUUGAUGGUUACAUUUCUACCAAUUGAUUAUUCAGCUCAUUGUUGUCUUAUCGGACAGAGGCCAAGGGAGAAUAUUUUAUUAUAUAAGGCCAGAUGUUCAGUGUUUGUUUAUGUAAAUCUUGGCACUGACAUAGUUGAAUAAGCUCUAGCCUAAGCUCUUUGUUAUGAACAUUAGUUUGCAGGUGUUGGUCAAACUGCAACACCUCGACUGCCCCACCGUCUCAGAAUAGCAUGAAUGUUUGCUGCAGUGCUUUCCUUCAUUAACCUGCAUGUAAUUGUAUCAGACUGUGUGUGGGACUAACCCGUAACGAUUUAACCAACAAGAAAAGCAGAAUGUAUGUUAUCUCAAAGCUUUUGAUCUUAUUUUUCUUUUCAUAUGUAAACAUGUAUAAAGCUUUCUACAGAGGGAACAGAGUAUAAAGAUAUAGAUAUAUAUAUUUGUGUAUAAAAUUAUAUUCUGGAAUAUAUAUAUAUUUAUAUAUAUAUAUAUAUAUACUAAGAGAAAUUGAUCGUUUUCUAUGUGUGUUAAGUACUGUGAAUUGUGGAGUUGCUCAUACAUAAGUCUUUAUGAUUUACGUAGAUCAUUAAUAAAAAGCCCUUAGCCAAGUUUAUGACACAUUCCACAAAUGGAAAUUUUUUAUUGGAAAUAAUCAAGUUUAAAAAAAAGUAUGAUUCACUGUCUAAUGGAAAAGUCUAAACCUCAUCAGAAUAUGUAAUUUUCUUAACUUAACCGUUGAAACUUUAUUCAACAAUGUGUCAUAACACAAGCAAUGGGUUUAUGAUGAAUACUAGAUAUAAAUAUGUAAUUUCUUCUGUACAUGGAAAAACAUUUCCUAUGGUUUGUUAAAACAUUGUGAUAGUUUGUGGUCUAAUUUUCAUACAUGCCAAUAAUGUUUCAUGACUGAAGCUGUUGCUUAUUGAUGCUAUUUUGUAUAAAUCAUGUUUUUACUCAAAUAUUUUCUCAUGAAGUAAAUAAAUCGGAUGUUGAAUUUAUCCAUUUGAAUCACAACAUCUCAGAUAUCAGUUUCAUAUUUUCGGAGAUAAGCUGUAAUAAUGACUAUUUUUAUCAUAACAUUUUGUGAGGUUCCCACUAUAAAACCCACCUCCCCAAAUCGAUCCCCUCUUUUCUUCCUCCCAUUGUCAUAAUCAGUAACAGAUAUUGUAUCCCCAUUGAUAUAAUGAAAAAUAAUUCAAUCAAAGCUGGACCACUAAUGGCAGCAGGGAAAUCACAUUUGAAUUAAGAGCGAGGAUUGGGUAAUAAAUGUGGCUUAACUGGAGAAAAUCCAACCUUUUCUUAUUUGGUUUCUGGAAACUCAGCUGUUUUCACUAACAGUUGAGAAAUAACUUUAAUUCAGUUCUAUUCGGACCACUUGACCUUGUUUGUUUUGUCGGGCCUCAGGCUAGGAGGUUCUCAGUCAGCUCAGUUUUACAGUGACUAUACAGAAAUGACAUGUCGCAGCAUUAUUGUGAACAGCACUGUAUCCCACUGUAAACAGAGCAUACUCCACAUCGUACAGAGGGGAAAUAUAAUCAGCGGUCAUUGUGGGCUUUGGGCUUUCCGACAUUCCUGUAGUUUUUUUGCGAUUUCUCUUAUCGACUGUGGCGAAUCCAUCCCCCCGUUUGUUAUUACCCACCCCUCACUCCCCCCCACCCCCAACCCGUGUGUCACACCGUUCAGCUGUGAGCCUCCGACUCGUGCUCUGGAUGCAAUUAUCCCAUUUGAGAUAAUUUCUAGAUAUUCCUUCACUCAAACUAAUGAUACGACUUCAACAUUCCUCCUCCUUCUCUAUUACCCCAGUGCAUGCUGGAAAAACCACUUCCACCCAUAGUAGAGAAUGAGGAUUAUUUACAUGCCGUCAAUAUGAAACCAUGAUGCUGCAUCACACUAGAGUCCCACUCCUGGUCGAUGCCCAUCUUACAACAGCUGCAAUCGGAGAACCAAUCCAUUGAUUUAGUCAUUGAUUGUAUUUGUUAAACCAUUUUGCUACCUCAUGUGUUUUUCUAUGAAUGUGUCAUUUGUGUGUCUGUAUGUGUGCGAGUGUUUUCUGUGCAUGUGUGUGAACUCGAGAGAAGUUGAAACUCUUAUAGACUAUACUGCAGUUUGAUGAUUUUGGGGCCCUUACAUUGUUUUACUGCAGUCCUUAUAAAAUAUAGGGGGGGGGGGGGCGUUGUAAAUGUGUAGAACUUUUUUCAUCAUUUACCGUUUCCUUUGGAGUUUUUAAAACUUUUUAUACGCUGUAAAUAUGCAUGCUAUUUGUAUACCCAUAUGUCCAAUAAAUUGUCAUGAUAAUC